GCAGGCAAGCAGCGCGAAUUUCGCGUGCUGUAGUGUUGUGAUUAGCUCCUAUAGUGUUUUUGUACGUGUUUAGAAGCUUUGAGUUACGGACAUUGCGGUGGGCCACGAGUUGUUCACAUUUGUUGCAUAUAGCUGCCGGUGCUCCAACUACUACAUCUAGAGCAAAGGUCUGACAAAAGUGAUGAGCCUAGGCAUCGCUGUUGCCGAAGCGUCAUGCCACACUCCUCUCGAGAUCGGUCAGGUCAAUGCUGCUGUGCAGUGCAGCUUGCCUGUGGCUGACAAGUCUGUCGGAUGCUCCUUCAAAGCAGGAAGCGAGUCGAGUAGCUCGCAGACUACACAGACUGUGCAUCCGUCAAGCUCCACGUCAGAAUCAAGGCCUUCUAUAUCUCCAUCAACAGCUACCGAGGAUGAUAACUCGCACCAGGAACUCCGCCACCGCUGUCACCUCUGUGACUACGAGACUGAUAAGGGUUUUCAUCUGAAAGCACACUUGAGGGUUCAUACUGGCGAGCGUCCAUUUAAAUGUGAUUUAUGCCCUCGGAGGUUCUCGGAAAGGUCCAAGAUGAAGAUACACCUGCGCACCCACACAGGCGAGAGGCCAUUUCAGUGCCCUUCAUGCCCUCAGAGCUAUUCUCAUAAGCUCAGCUUGCAGAGACACCUGCGCAUCCACACAGGCGAAAAGCCAUUUCAGUGUCCCUCAUGCCCUCAGCGCUUCGCACAAAGGUCCAAAUUGAAGGAACACUUGUACACCCACUCACGUAAAAAGCCAUUUCAGUGCCCUUCAUGCCCUCAGAGCUUCUCACAAACCUCCAAGCUGAAGGAACAUCUGCGCAGCCACACAGGCGAGAAGCCAUUUCAGUGCCCUUCAUGCCCUCAGAACUUCUCGUUUAAGUCCAGCAUGAAGAAACACCUGCGCACCCACACAGGCGAGAGGCCAUUUCAGUGCCCUUUAUGCCCUCAGAACUUCCCACAGAGCUCCAAGCUGAAGGAACACCUGCGCACCCACACAGGAAAGCAUCAUGACUUCUCACCAACAGUCAAGCACGAUGAGGCGCAGCAGAGCCUCCUUUACCAUUGUGACCGUUGCGACUUCGUGACUGCUCGACUGUGUGCUUUCAUUAGUCACAAGCGCAAGCAUCAAGGUGAGAAGCCACUUCAUUUGCACUACUUCUUUCAGAGCUUUUUUUGGCAAGGUCAGCUUUAAGCUGCAACAGUGCAG